CCCCUCUCCAUCCAAAUAGUACAUGCACUAUCUUCUCUAUUCUUUCCUUUCUUUCUACACAUAUCCUCCAAAGAAAAUGGCCCAAGAUAAGGAAAGCUUGACUAGAAUGCCAGAAACCAGCAGCAAUUCCUCCUCCAAGAAACGCAAGAAGUUAUCCCUUGCUCUCUUUGGUUCUUUGCUCCUUGUUGCCGCUAUAAUUGCCAUUGUCACUGGCAUAAACUCACACAAGAACGAUGAUAAUAAGGCAACUUCACCUUCCCAUGCCGUGCUCAAAUCCUCAUGUAGCAGCACAAGAUACCCUGAUUUGUGCUUCUCAGCUGUAGCUUCUGUCCCUGGAGCCACCAGUAACUUGGCCAGCCAAAAAGAUGUGAUUGAAGUGUCCUUGAACAUUACAAUUGCAGCUGUCGAACACAAUUAUUUCACUGUAAAGAAGCUCAUAGCUAGAAGGAAACUCACCAAGAGGGAAAAGACUGCUCUCCAUGAUUUUCUGGAGACUAUAGACGAGACUCUUGAUGAGCUACACAAGGCCUUGGAGGAUCUAAAGGAGUAUCCCAGCAAGAAAUCUCUGUCUCAACACGCAGAUGAUCUCAAGACCCUAAUGAGUGCUGCGAUGACCAACCAAGAAACAUGCUUAGAUGGGUUCUCCCAUGAGAAAGCCGAUAAGAAAGUGCGACAAGUUUUAUUGGCUGGUCAAGUUCAUGUUGAGAAAAUGUGCAGUAAUGCACUGGCAAUGAUCAAGAACAUGACAGAUACAGAUAUGGCCUAUGCGGCGGCCACUACAAACAGGAAGCUUAAGGAGGAGAAAGAUAAAGAAAGUGAGCAGUGGCCGGAGUGGUUGUCGGUGGUGGACAGGCGGCUGUUGCAGUCAUCGUCGGUGACUCCAAAUGUGGUGGUAGCAGCUGAUGGAAGUGGGAAAUAUAAGACAAUAUCAGCUGCAGUAGCUGCUGCUCCUAAGAAAAGCAGCAAGAGGUACAUUAUAAGAAUAAAGGCAGGUAUUUACAGGGAAAAUGUGGAUGUGCCAAAAGAUAAGACUAACAUAAUGUUUUUGGGAGAUGGAAGAAAAACAACUAUUAUUACAGCAAGAAGAAAUGUGGUUGAUGGAAGCACAACCUUCAAUUCAGCUACAGUUGCUGUAGUGGGACAAGGAUUCCUAGCCAGGGGUUUGACCUUCGAAAACACAGCUGGUCCUUCCAAGCACCAAGCAGUGGCCCUAAGGGUUGGGGCUGAUCUUGCAGCUUUCUACCAGUGUGACAUGCUAGCUUACCAAGAUACCCUCUAUGUCCACUCCAAUCGUCAAUUCUUUAUCAACUGCUUAAUUGCAGGAACAGUUGAUUUCAUUUUUGGCAAUUCAGCAGCAGUUUUUCAAGACUGCGACAUCCAUGCACGUAGACCCAAUUCAGGCCAGAAAAAUAUGGUCACAGCACAAGGCAGAAAUGACCCUAACCAGAACACUGGCAUUGUAAUUCAAAAGAGUAGAAUAGGAGCCACUUCUGAUCUGGGACAUGUUCAACGUAGCUUCCCAACUUAUCUUGGCAGGCCCUGGAAAGAGUAUUCAAGAACUGUUAUAAUGCAAUCUGUCAUCAGUGAUGUGAUACACCCUGCAGGAUGGCACGAAUGGAGUGGAAAUUUUGCACUGAGCACAUUGUUUUAUGGAGAGUAUCAGAACAGUGGAGCUGGUGCUGGAACAUCUAACAGGGUUAAAUGGAAGGGUUUCAAGGUGAUCACUAGUGCAACUGAGGCUCAAGCGUUUACUCCUGGCAGGUUUAUUGCUGGUAGCAGUUGGCUGCGUUCCACAACCUUCCCAUUUUCUCUUAGUUAGUAAAAAAAAAUAAUGAUAAUAAUGUGUAACUGCAUAACCUUGUAUUAGUUCUAGCUAGUUUUUGCUUCGUUGGAGUGUCCUAUGCGGCCAUAUAUGUACGCUUUCUUGAUUAAUCAAUAAGAGCAUGCAAGGAUUUCUAAAUUAUUAA